CGUGGCGGCCGUCACCUUCUCGAGGGCCGUGCAGGCCCCCCCCGAGCUGACGCUGUGGGACCGCCCGCUCCGCGCCCCAUGGAUCUCGGCCGAGCGCCGCGGCCGCCCAGCCUGCACCUGGCUCUGCCCGUUGCCGGCGGAUGUGGCCACGCCCCCCGCGGGCCCCGGGCCAAUCAGCGUGGCGUGGUGCCGUGGCUCCGCCCACCGGGAGGUGGAGCUCUCUCGUAAAGGGGAGAAGGAGGCGUGGUGGGCGGAGCCUGUGGUGCCGCAGGAGCUCUUCUGGCCGGAAGUGGGCGUGGCCGAGCGGGCGGUGCUGGAGGAGCUGGCGGGCGCCUGCCGGGAGCUGCUGGAGCUGGAGCCGCGCAGCCGCGGCUGCCUGCUGACCCUGCUGCUCCUCCUGGCCGCCACCGACCCGCUGGGAAGCGAGGAGGAGAUGCGGCGCUGCCUCAGCGCCCUGCAGGAGGCGGACCCGCUGCGGCGCGGCUUCGUGGCCGACAUGGCGUCGCGGGCGGAGCUGGCGCUGGCGCUGCUGCGGGAGGGGGCGGAGCCGGAGGAGCUGCGGCUUCCGGGGAAGGCGCUGACCUCGCUGCCCCUCCUGGAGCACCUGGGCAGCGUCACGCGGCUGGAGCUGGGGGGGAACGCGCUGCGGGCGCUGCCCCCCACCCUGGGGGCACUGCGGAGGCUGCAGGUCCUGGACGUGUCGCACAACGAGAUCACGACGCUGCAGGGCGUCCCGCCCCUCCCACGACUGCGGGAGCUGCGAUUGGACGGCAACCCCAUAAGCCACGCCCCCGCGCUGUCCCCAUUGGCCGCCUGCCCCCGCCUCUCUGUUCUGGGACUGGCCGAGACGCCGUUGGCUGUCGCCCCGGACGCCGCCGCCCGAUUGGCUGAGCUCCUCCCCCGGGUCACUGUCGUCCUCUCCUGAUUGGUUGGUGCUGUUGGCUCCGCCCCCCCGUCAAUAAAGUGCUGCUGUGUGGAGGUGGC